AUGUCAUCGAUACCAUCUCCUGAUAUUCAUAGUGAUGAAAAUGAAACAACAGUUGAAUCUACAAAACAAAAACGUUUACCAAGAAGUGCUAAAAAACGUUUACGUUAUGAACGUCUACGAGAACAACGUAAAUUAACUGGUAAAAAGAAAAAAAAGCGUACACCUUCUAAUCCCAUUGCAUCAAUAGUAAUCCCUUCCGAUUCGUCUGAAAUCUUAACUGAUCAACUCGUAUCAGUGACUGGAAAAACUUUUAAACGUGCUGCCAAUGAUCGUCUAGCAGAAAUUAAUCGAGAUUCAGAAGCACCGAUGAUUUGCAUUGAUUGUGCAUAUAAUGAAUCAAUGUCGAGUAAAGAAAUUGCUAGUCUUGCUCGACAAAUUGGACGAUGUUAUAGUUCAAAUCGUCGAGCUACAAAACCUGUACGACUUAUUCUAACCAAUUGGUCAAAUGAUAGUUUAUUAGCACAAGAAUGUCGUCGUGUUAAUAAUGGUUUUGAUAAUUAUCAAAUUAUUCUCGAUGAUAAACCUAUUUAUGAAACAUAUCCAUCUGAACGUUUAAUUUAUUUAAGUCCAAAUGGUGAUAAAAUUUUAACAGAAGUUAAUGAACAAACUAUACAUGUUAUUGGUGGUCUUGUAGAUGAAAGUGUUAGAAAAAAUAUGACAUAUCAAUCAUGUCAAGAUAAAAAUAUUACUUGUUGCAAAUUACCGAUUGAAACUUAUAUGGAACAUUCAGUUACCGGUGGUACAUUCAAUCAAAUUCUUUCGAUUAAUCAAGUAUUUGAUAUUUUGGUUACAUAUAUGACGACUAAUGAUUGGGGUCAAACAUUGAAAAAAAAUAUUCCCGAACGUAAAGGUUGGGUGAUAAAAAAUACCGAAGAUUCAGAUAAUAAGAAUAAAAUCGAAACUGUUUAA